AUGCCAUUUUCCGCUUCAGUAUCAUCGCCUUCUUCUCUCGCACUUCUCUCAGCUCAAUCACGAUCGCCUCUCUCCUUCUUCAUCUUCAAUCCCAAAACCCUAAUCUCCACCCGAACCAGGAUCCCUGGUUUCCCUUUUGCUUCCCGGCGACCCCGCGAUUUCAUCAACGGAAGGGAUGAUGUCGGCGAUGAUAAUCGGAGCUGGAACCGGAAGAUCAGACCGGAGUAUGGUUACGAUGAGGAUUACGACGGGGAAGAAGACGAAGACGAUCAGGAGGAAGAAGAUAGAAGCUUGGAUCUGUUACUCAGGUUCGUCGAGAAUGUUUUCAGAAAAGUCUCGAAGAGAGCAAGGAAAGCCGUCCGAUCAAUUCUCCCUGUUUCGAUCUCUACGAAGCUCGUGGGAUUCUCAGUGAAUGGAGUACUCAUUCUUGCAUUUUUGUGGAUCUUAAAGGCCUUCCUCGAGGUUGCUUGCACACUUGGAACUAUUGUAUUUACGAGCAUUCUGCUUAUACGUGGACUUUGGGCCGGUGUAGCAUACAUACAAGAGAGCCGCAACAAUAGGAUCAAUGAAUUUGCUGAUGACCCUCGUACAUGGAAUGGGGUGCAACCAGCUUCUUGA